CCCCCCCAACCGGUCCCUUUUUACUCAAACAAUGACAACUUGGAAUAUUGUCUUUUUGAAGAAAAGCCAAAAAUAGAACGAUAGAAAGUACUAUGGACGUAGGAACGAGCCACAAAUCCAAACCCCGGGCAACGGCCUCAUGUCACCCAUGUCGAACCCGCAAAGUGAAGUGUAAUCGCCUCUCUCCGUGUGAAGCCUGCAUUACACGAGGGAUCCAGGAGGAAUGCAAAUAUAGUGCUCCGAAUGAAGAUCGACAGGCGAUCGCACAGGCAGAAAUGAUCACCGUGCUCAGGGGCAAGGUGAACCAAAUACGGGAACAAAUAGCGCAGCGUUUGGCAUAUCAGUCAUCAUUCGAUGAUCUCGAAGAGGAGGAGGAGGCCGCUGCUAUGGAGAUUGUGUACUCGGCUCUGAGGUUGGGGUCGGAGGAUCUAGUUUGGCAUAUUGUGGGGAGGAUUCGGAAUGGGGAGGAUUUUAGAGACUUAGCGAAGGACGUGGCGCGGGAUAUAGGAAUUGAGGAUGAAUUUUCUGUGUGAUUAUAGAGUUGAUACCGUCCAAUCUCUUAUGCAUAAGUAUAUAUGAUUGCUUGGGUAAUGUCACGUCCAGAAAAAUGCGCUGCCUAACAAGCCACACCGCAAUCAUGCCUAACUGUAGGAAAACAGCUGCCAAUUUUUAAUGACCCAAAAAGUUACAAGAUGAAACAAGGAGAA